GGAACGCUAUUGAAACGAAGCCGCCGGCAAUCGCAGGCAUGUCGUCUAUGAAAUGCAAAGAUGUUUCUUGGGUCUGGAAAUUUGUGAUGCUGAAGAUUGGCUGUAUCACGAGCACGUGGACACCUCCCUUUUUAUCGCAUAAGCGAGCCUGACACGGAUUUGCGCUGCAAGAUGUUGGCUGCUCCGCGUGGAAAGUAACUGUCGUGCCUCUGUAUGACAGGAAGGGGCUUGGGCUUCUGGGCAACGUGGUGCAUGUUCACACCAAGAGGGUUGAAGCAAAGUGAUGGCGCCGCGCUCGCGGCAACGUGUUGGUGUUGUAUGACAGAGUUCCAAGAGCACUACGCAGUCCAGUCCCGAACUACGACUACACAUUUUCAAUGCAUAGGCUCUGCCUCGUGGCAAGUUUGGAAAACGAAAAUCGAAAAACUUCCCCCCAAGGUGUCGUCCCUCGUUCACGCCAAGACGUUGUUCCUGCAGUUUUGGUAUGCGUUGGAAAUAUGUCUGGUUUCGGAAGGAGGCAAUCUUGUGAUGCGGAUUCUGAUUCUCAUGCUGGAAGUGGAACUACGAAGAAAACAAAAUAAUAAAUCUUUGUUGCAUACAUAGCCAGUUAUAAAAAUGCGCGAUUUUUGUCUCCCGGGCGGGGAGACACCUCCGGUCUUGUCAGCACCAGGACCCAGACAUAUUUCUUGCACUCGAUAUUUGCGACUCCAGCAUCACGGCGCUCCUGGAUUUGCGAGCUGUUCUUCCGACCACGGGGGCCGAUGUUGCGGACACCAGUGCGGCGUCUGUAGAUCGUCCGGCGGUAGGCACGAGUCAAAGUAAAGCAGACGAGGUCCUCUACAGUGCUGCUGCCGCGUCUCGCGACGAACCAGUUGAGAACAAGAAAGCGGAACAAGCUGGUGAGGACAGGGGGACAGAAGUUCCCGUGCAGCAGCAGACAACCCAGAAUAAACCAACCCUGCUUGCAGAUGGUGACCGCACAGGUGCUCUCCUUGCCCCGUCGUUGAGAACUAGUACGGGCGGCCCCGAGCAAGAUCGUGAUCAGGAUUCUUUUGUGAUGCACAACGCUGGUGGUAAAAACGCUGCCGCAGGAGCGGUCCUCGUGGCACCAAGUGCAG